AUGCGUACUCCCAGACUCGCCAUUCUCGUCUUCUUCUUCGUCGCCUCGCUCUUCCUCUUCUGCCGAUCCGUCUUCUCGUCGCCCCGCCAAAACAUCGCCGUUGCAGCCGCCGUCGCAGCCGCCGCCCCGGCCGCCGUUCCGCCCUCGCGAUUUCAGAGCCUCUUCUCCUUCAAUGCGCCCUUCUCCAUAUUCACCCCGAACGCCGCCAUCACCCUGACCGACGACAACAGCACCUCCUUCGUUGCCCGCCCCGCAGCCUUCGGCCCGAACCUGCCCAACAAGGGCCUCAGCGGCCAGCUAUGGAUCGGCAGCGGCUUCUCCGACGAUAACCUGCAGGAGGGCGAAGGCGAGGGCGAGCUCGGCUGCACCGACAUUCCCGGCUGGGAGAACGGCAGGCCCAACGCCAUCCUCAAGUCCGCCGCCAAGGCCAUGUCCAAGGCCGACGCAAAGCCUGCCACUGCUGCUGGCAAGCCUGCCCACCACAAGCGUGGCAUCGUCGACGCCGACAAGGACGCCCUCCCCGCCGCCGUCGCCCAACCCAAUACCCGCCUUAAGUCCAAGAUCCGCCCCCUCGAUGAUGGCACCGACGACUACCUCCACCAGGGUCUCGCCCGGAAGCCCACACCCCACCGCGAUAGCGCCAUGUCCACCGAGUCGACCCACGCCGAUAUCCAAUCGAUACAAGAGGCCGCGGAGAUCGCCGGGAAGAUUGUGCUGCUCAGUCGCGGCGGCUGCGGCUUUCUUGAGAAGGCCAAGUGGGCCCAGCGACGCGGUGCCAUCGCCCUCAUUGUCGGCGACAACACAAAGGGCGGCCCCCUGAUCCAGAUGUUCGCCCGCGGCGACACCUCCAACGUCUCCAUCCCCUCCGUCUUCACCACCCGCACCACCGCCCAUCUGCUCUCCUCUCUGACCCAGCCCGGCAGCUUCAUCGAGGACACCAUCGACGAACACGGCCGCCCCGCCCUCAAGGUCCUGCACUCUGAUGGCGCGAACCGGAAGAACCGGAAGAACAAGCAAAAGGCCGCUGCGACGACGCCUACUCCGACCCCCAAGGCCACUGCUACGCCCAAGGCCAAGGCCAAGGCCGCUGCUGCCACCAAGGACAAGGCUGCUAAGGCUAAGCAGACGACGACCAAGCCUCGUGUCGGCUUCUUCCGCUGGCUAUUCAGCUGGGGUCGCAGCUCGGGCUCCGGCGACGGCAGCAUCCAGCCUCCCACCAGCGGCCGCCAUAACUGGGUGCUCGUUGACGAUUGGAACGAGGCCAAGGAUAGGAGCAUCAGUGACAGCCUCGGGAAGGCCGCCAAGAGGGGCAAGGACAAGGCUCCCGAGCCCUCCAAGAACGAGGACAGCUUCCAGAUCGGCGUCCAGGACUGGCGCGACCCCGACUUGGUGGAUGCUCCGAGCACUAAGGACAAGGAUGACAAGCCGGAGCGGGCCGGUAGGACGGGAAAUGUCGCAAAGGCGGCCAAGGAUCUUAGCGGCCCCAAGGGCGGAAGCAUCACUCCCGGGAGUGGCGAGUACAACCCUGACAUGCCGCCGGUCAAGGCCAAGGGCCCCGCCUCUUCCGGAAAGGACUCGUCCUCCCACGGUGGCAUCAUGUCCAAGAUCUUCGGAGACGACGACGGUGCCGAUUUCUCCAAGGAGGACAAACCCCAGGACCCUCCCGCGCCAGAGCAGCCGAGCCCUGACGACGGCCACGAAGACGAUGACGAUGACGAUCCCAUUGGCCACGAUGGUCUCUGGGUCACCAUCACGCCCUCGAGCAGCUCCAGUCCCUUCUUUGACACCCUCUUAGUCCUCGUCGUUAGCCCCCUCAUCACCUUGAGUGUUGUCUACGCGCUGCUAAUCCUACGCGCCCGCAUCCGCCGAAGGCGCUGGAGAGCGCCCAAGUCGGUCGUCGAGCGUUUGCCGGUGCGCACCUAUCACACCGUCGCCGCCUCGCCCGUGCCUUCGCCCAGAAUACCUUCGCCCACGAUCGCUACCCCCACCACGCCCCUACUACAACAGACCCCCACCCGGCCGCGGCCUCGUUCUAGAACAACGACGGGAAUCCCUGAGUCGGAGAGUCUGUUGUCCGUCAACGCAGCCCUGCAGAUGCCUAGGUCGCCUCUGCGGCCCGAGCAUGAAAAGCCAAACGGCAGCUACUCGAGUGAGUGGAAGAAGUAUAUGGGCAGACAGGUUGAGUGCGUUGUCUGUUUGGAGGAGUACGUCGACGGUGUCAGCCGCGUCAUGAGCCUGCCCUGCGGCCACGAGUUCCACGCCGAGUGCAUCACGCCCUGGCUAACGACACGCCGUCGUACGUGCCCUAUCUGCAAGGGUGACGUCGUCCGAUCCCUCGCGCGCGGCUCCCCGUCCAGCCCCCGCUACGAAGCAUACCACGACGACUCUGACGACGAGGUGGAGGCCGAGGCGUCCAGCUCGAGAGACAGGGGCGACGACGUCGAGCAGGGGAUCCUCUCGCCGGCGCCUAGAGGACGCCAGACCCGACCAGACGGGUGGCUGGGCAUGCUGUCAGGCAGCUUCGGCGCAUCCUCUCGCGCGAGCCGAUCACCGCAGCAGGAUGACCGCAACAGGUGA